AUGCCAUCCUUAGCAGGCAAAACUAUUUUCAUUACUGGAGCAUCACGUGGCAUCGGCAAACAAAUUGCUUUACGAUGUGCACGAGACAAGGCAAAUAUUGUUAUUGCUGCCAAAACAACCGUUCCACACCCGAAACUACCCGGAACAAUCUAUACAGCAGCUGAAGAAAUUGAAAAAGCUGGAGGAAAAUGUCUACCAUGCGUUGUUGAUGUACGUGACGAAGAACAAGUCAUCAAAGCAUUCGAAGAAGCUGCAAAGAAAUUCGGUGGCAUCGAUAUUCUAAUUAACAAUGCAUCAGCUAUUUCCUUAACUAAUACCACAGAUACACCAAUGAAACGUUAUGAUCUAAUGCAUUCAAUUAAUGCACGCGGUACUUUUCUUUGUUCGAAGGUCGCCAUACCAUAUCUAAAGAAAUCUUCCAACCCGCAUAUUUUGAUGAACUCGCCGCCAAUAUCAGUAAAUCCAUUCUGGUUCAAAAGCCAUGUUGCCUACACUGUUGCUAAGUACAAUAUGUCGUUAUACGCGCUUGGUCUUUCAGCUGAAUUACGUGAAUUCGGUAUUGCUGUCAAUGCUCUAUGGCCGAAAACUGCCAUUGAUACCGAUGCUAUCACCUUGAUUGCCGGAGAAGAUCAUCGCAAACGAUGUCGUCGACCCGAAAUCAUGGCCGAUGCGGCCUAUGCCGUUCUUACUCAAGAUAGUCGAUCAUGCACUGGUAAUUUUUUUAUUGACGAAACACUUCUUCGUCAACAAGGUGUAACUGAUUUCGAUCAAUAUGCUGUGGUUCCUGGCACCAAGGAUUUCGUACUUGACUUUUUCCUUGAUGAAAACUUGUCGCAAUUACAACAAGAAAAAUCUCCCCUGGGAAUGGCGAAAUCAGCUGCCAGUGCAGCAAGCGGAGCAGCACCGAGUAUUGAACAAGUUUUUGAUCAAAUCAAGACAUUGUUAAAACCGGAACUAUUAAAACAAAUCAAUAGCGUUUAUGCGUUUGAUUUGCAGGGUGAUAAAUGGUAUUUAGAUAUGAAAAACGACAAUGGAAGUGCUGGUCAAGGUGAACCACCAUCGGGCAAAGCUCAAUGCACAUUUAAAAUGUCGAAAAGUGACUUUGCAGCAAUGUUCGCAGGAAANUCAGGUGAUAAAUGGUAUUUAGAUAUGAAAAACGACAAUGGAAGUGCUGGUCAAGGUGAACCACCAUCGGGCAAAGCUCAAUGCACAUUUAAAAUGUCGAAAAGUGACUUUGCAGCAAUGUUCGCAGGAAAACUAAAACCAACUGCAGCAUUCAUGGGUGGUAAAUUAAAAAUUCAAGGCGAUUUACCAACCGCACUCAAAUUGGAAAAACUUCUUCAACAAAUGGUAAAAUCCAAGCUUUAA